UGAGGGAGUUAGUUAUCUAUAUAUAUGCAAAGAGGCGGCCGCUUUUUCGAAACCCUGAUUUUUUGGGGGUUUACAUUCCAAACUCUCUCACUCGCUGGCCGACAAAGCACCGACAACGACUCCAUAGCCGCAGCUCAAACGAAGAAGACCACGACGACUUCGCACUUCUCUUAACCACCUAUCUACUAUCUCGGCUGAACCGGAACCCAAGGCCUAGGGCAUCCUCACUGACAAAUUGCAGGAGGAUCCGUAGGGGUAGGGCAAGGUAAACAUGGGUGUUGAGCUUAGGGACGACGAGGCAGCUUUCCGUACGAUGGGAGACCAUGAUUUGAUCGAUUCUUACCUGGUUUAUCGCGCCAGAGACACUCUUUGCUCAGUCUUGUCGGGUGAUACUGAAGAUUACCGGCAGCUCCUUAGCGCUAUGAACCCCGAAGAGCUUGGCGCUAAUGAAGUAGCUAUGCUUGUGACAAAUUUGAAAGCACUAGCUGGAGCAGUUGCUUACAUAGACAACGUUCUACAUAAUGAACUUCUCUCAGCAAUUUUUAAGAUGAGCUUGUGGAACUAUAAGCCUGAUGUGAUGGAUGCAUUGAUUGAAUUCAUUGAAUCCUUGGCCACUUCAAGCGGGAAGUAUGUUGAUGAUUGUUUGGCGAUGCUCACAUGCCAGUUCUUUCCACCUGGUAGUUUGCCACUUCCAAAAAUUCUUGCAAGAAAGGACGGAGUUUUAUCUCGUGUGCAUUCAUCUCUGAAAUAUAUAGCUGAUUUGGUGCCGCUUUCCCCUGUGAGACUAGUGCCAAUUGUUUUAGAUGGAAAGCCACAAUAUCGUUUUAAUAAUACUAGUACUCUUAGUCUUGUGAUAUACGUAGAGAACAUGUUGAAGUUGGAGAGUGGCGUGCUUGGAGAAGUUGUUCGGAUCCCAAUGCUUGCGGGUGUUGUGGAUUUGCUGCUAGACCUGGAUGUGGAGAUUGGAUGGGAAGACAUAAAAAAUGACUCUAGUAAAGGAAUAUUUGAGAUGGAGCUAGAAGAUGUGGACGAGUCUAGAGAUGAUGAUCUGAAUGAUGAUAGUGAGCUUCCAAGACAAUUAAGUCGGAAGACUUUAGGAGGAAAUUCAUUUGCUGAAAAAUUAGAUAGCUUGAUGGUGUUGACUUUUGAGCAUCUUGAAUCUUGUCAAGUAGCUGACCGUUUGAUCGAGAUCUUUGAUACUCUUCUCGAGUCAUUUAAGAAGACUGUUUUGACUGCAUACAAAUCAAAAUUUGCCCAGUUUGUGAUAUUCUAUGCGUGUUCUCUUGAUCCAAAAAACUGCGGUGUGACAUUUGCUUUGAUGCUUGAACAUACUUUCUUUUUCAGUACCAACCCCCCACUUCUCAGAAUGAGUGCCGUUGCUUAUCUUGCUAGUUAUUUGUCUCGUGCUAAGUUUCUGUCAGUCUUUGUGGUUGCUGGCACACUGGAAAGGUUGGUGGAUUGGUGUGUCAAAUAUGUCAAAAUGCAGGAUGAUGAAAUAAAUCCAGAAGCUCAUAGAAUAUUUUAUUCUGGAUGUCAGGCCAUCAUGUAUUUGCUGUGCUUCCGAAUGAGAUCAAUGAUGGAUGAUCCUCAGCUGAAGCCAUGGCUUGUUCGUUUGCCUUUAGAGUCAAUUUUGAAUAAUAAGUUGAGCCCGUUGAAGGUGUGUCUGCCUUCCAUUGUAUUGGAGUUUCUACGGCAAGCAAAAGCAGCUAGGUUAUUCAUGACAUCUGAGAAAUUCAAUUUUGACGACUACCUGGAAUCAGAACUUUCAAGGGAAUUUGGUGGGAUGGAAAGGCUCGACAUGUUCUUCCCAUUUGACCCAUGUCUGCUGAAAAAAAGUGACAGUUACAUCCGGCCAAACUUCAUUUUCUGGUCAAUGGUUCAACCUACAUAUGAUGACGAAGAUUCCAGUGAUGAAGAUGUCGGUGACGCUUUUGCGGGUGACAAUGACGGUGGAAUGGAUUAUGGGAUUAUGCAGAGCUUGGAGGAACAACAUUUUGAUUUUGCUGAAGUUGGCUCUGCAUUGAACAAAAUGUCAAUCACACCAAAGGAUUCCUUACUUAGUAGGUUUGGUGGUGCAAUAAACCAACCCAUGCGAAUGCCCUCGAGAAUUAGACCGUCAACUAGUCCGGAGUCUUUAUAAAUUGAAAGUGUGUAACCCCUCUUUACUUUUGUGGAAGAUGCAAACUGCAAAACUAUAUUGCUUGUACAAACAGACAUUAUGUUGGCCUCAGAGGAUUGUGGCAAGCUGAUGAUGAGUGAGAUGCGUAGUCGUAGACUUACGUUUCUAGGUUUUUUUUUUUUUUUUUUUAAUUUUUUUUUUAAUUUAAUUUUUUUAUAUAAAAAUUAUCCAUUUAUUUA